AUCGACCUCGCAAGUCAGGACCGUACCUAAGCCAAGGUAUCUACUAAUAUCAGAUUCAGGGUCCACCGGGCGCCACCCCUCGAACAGUUAUUUUGCAAUGCAGGUGGAUAAUUCUAUAUUGAAGCUCUAAACCUCCCUUUCUCCUUCCUAACGACCGACAAUCUCUCUCCUCCUCUGCAUCCAGAAGCGCCGCUCCGCACCAUGGGACGUCUCCGCAAUCGCGAACAGCGGGAUCAACUGCUCAGUCCCCGCGAAGUCGAAAACUUGAUUGCGGAGGGAAAGACUGUUAUAAUUGUCGAUGGCAAAGUGUUGAGAGUAGAUGCCUGGCUGCCGUAUCAUCCAGGCGGCCAGACGUCAAUCAAGCAUAUGGUAGGAAGGGACGCAACGGACGAGGUCAACGGGUUCCACUCUCCAGAAGCGAAGCAGCGCAUGUACUCAUAUCAAAUUGGUCGCAUAGAAGGACCAUGGACGAACUUCCUUCCACCAAUUCAGGGCGGAAAGUUCCGACGACUGAACGACUUGGAUAAAGAGCAAGAGGUGGAAAACAAAGGGCAUUCGGACGACGACUCGCAGCAUUCACUUGAUCCUUCACCCACAUUCGAUCCCGCCGACUGUCCAGCUUCUACCUUGAGAUCACGAAAUCACGGUCUUGACCGCUCAUCUUCAGCAUCUUCCAUAUCCUCUGUCGAUCUUGACGACGACAUCAUAAAGCCGAGACUGUCGCAUUUCGACGCACGCACACAGAAAGAAAUCGACUUGGACAAGGCAAAAUAUCCCUCACUGGACGCGGCUACGCAGGCGGCAAUCGUCGAGAAAUACCGCUUGCUCAACCUGCAGAUUGAGGCGGAGGGGCUAUAUCAAUGCAGAUACUACUCAUAUGCCAUCGAGGCGCUGCGAUACUCCCUGCUCUUCGCAGGCUUCCUCUACUUCCUUCGGAAAGAAUGGUACGCGCUGAGUGCGCUCUUCCUGGGCAUAUUCUGGCAUCAGCUCGCAUUCACAGCGCAUGACGCAGGGCAUUGUGGCAUCACGCACGGCUUCCACACCGACUCUGUAAUCGGCAUCCUUGUCGCGGACUUUUGCGGAGGCCUGAGUCUGGGCUGGUGGAAGCGCUCGCACAACGUGCACCACGUUGUGACCAACUCGGCCGAGCACGAUCCGGACAUCCAGCAUAUGCCCUUUUUCGCCAUCUCGCACCAGUUCUUCGACUCGCUGUUUUCCACCUACCACAACCGGGUCCUGACCUACGAUCGGGCGGCCCAGUUCUUCAUCCAGAUACAACACUUCCUGUACUAUCCCAUCCUCGCGUUCGGCCGCUUCAACCUCUACGUCCAGAGCUGGAUCUACCUGCUCGGCGGCCAGGCACCGCGACGCGGGCCGGCGUGGUGGCAUCUAUGGCUUGAGUUUGCCGGACAGGCCUUUUUCUGGACCUGGUUCGGCUACCUUGUCGUGUACAGGAGCGUGCACGGUGGCUGGAACCGGGCCCUGUUCGUCAUGAUCUGCCACGCCGUCACAAUGCCGCUCCACGUGCAGAUCACGCUCUCCCACUUCGCCAUGAGCACGGCAGACCUUGGCCCGCGGGAGUCGUUCCCGCAGAAGAUGCUGCGCACGACCAUGGACGUCGACUGUCCGCAGUGGCUCGACUUCUUCCACGGCGGCCUGCAGUUCCAGGCCAUCCAUCAUCUGUAUCCCCGCAUCCCGCGACACAACCUGAGGAGGACGCAGAAGCUGGUGCAAGGGUUCUGCGAGGACGUCGAGAUUCCGUAUGCGCUGUAUGGGUUUGUGGAUGGGAAUCGGACGGUGAUUGGGAAGCUGGGCGAUGUUGCACGUCAGGCGGCCAUCCUGGCGGAGUGCAGGAAGUCCAUCUCAGAUGGUGGGAUAUGGGCUCACUGAGACUGAGAUUGAUGUUGAUCUUGAUCUUGACGUUUCAGGGAGGCAGUCUGAGAUUUUUGAGCGCGUUCAGCGAUGCAUUCUCGUAUAGAGGCAUGUUGGAUAUUGAUAGAAAAUAUGUAAUUAUGACCAGUCUUGGUGUGGUUGACAUGAGUUUCUUAACUUCUGCUUCAUCUUAUGG